GAUUUAUAUAAAUACCGCUCAGAAGAUAGGUCGAGAAGAAUUAAAGCACUCUUCAAUUGUGUCACACGAACAACGUUGCAGCAACAUGAAGCUCAAUCCCAUCGUAUGGCUCAGUAGCCUUGCAAUUGUUCAAGCGAACCCAUUCUCCAAAACUGAUUUCUCCCUCCAAGGCUUCGCAAAGGACAACCCUCUUGGCGUAACGACUGGCGGCAAAGGCGGUCGCACAACCACCGUGUCCAGCUUACCUGCUCUACGCACCGCACUCGCUGGUACCGAUCCAUUGACCGUGGUAGCCAAAGGCUCCUUCAACCUAACCGGCGUGACACGACUCCGCAUCGGCAGCAACAAGUCCCUGAUCGGCCACGAGAAGGGUGCAAAGUUCUUCGGCGGUGGCAUGUCUGCUGUAAAUCAGACCAAUAUCAUCAUUCGUAACAUUCAGAUCAGCUAUGCAUACGACAAUGAUUGCAUUACACUUCAGAACACCACUCGCGCAUGGAUCGACCACAAUGAAUUCUUCAGCGAUCUUGAACAUGGUCCUGACUUUUAUGAUGGCCAAGUCGACCUUGUUAGAGCCACUGAUUGGGUGACUGUGUCUUGGAACUACUUUCAUGAUCACUGGAAGUCCUCACUCGUUGGCAACAGCGACGUCCUCCGGGAAGUAGACGAAGGCCAUCUCCAUAUAACCUACCACCACAACUAUUGGCGCAACAUUGGCACCCGCGGCCCCGCCGGCCGAUUCGGCCACCAACACGUCUACAACAACUUAUAUCGCGACUACCUAUACCAAGCCAUCCACUCCCGCAGCGACAAUCAGAUGCUAGUCGAAGGCAAUGUGUUCCGUGGCAAUACCCGAGAGGCUGUGAGCACCUAUGGUCUUGUGAUCCCCGAAGAUUCGCCCAAUGCGUGUGUCUGUGGUGAUUAUGAACUUGAUGGUUUUGUGAAUUUUGGAGCGAAGAAUGAUUUCGGGAGGGCGGGAAUUAACGUCACGCAGUGGGGUAACUUCAAGAAGGCACCUUAUAGGUAUGACUUGACCAGGUUGUCGGAUGUGGAGAAGGUUAUUGUCAAGGGUGCUGGCAUCGGCAAGAUUUGAGGAGAGAGAUGAUAGGGUGAAGAACAUGUCCGUAAGUUGAGCUUGGUAAUUAUCAUAGCAUGGAACAGACA